ACACUGACCAAUCUUCUUUUUCUAUUUUUUUUUGGUUUAGAGUUUGGCUGUAGGACAUGCUGAAACAGAGGGAAUUUCACGCAUUACAACAGUUGUUCCUGCGACAGAUGAAUCAGUCAGCAAAUUGGUGCAGCAACUUUACAAACUCAUAGAUGUGCAUGAGGUCCAUGCUCUUACUCAUAUGCCAUUUGCUGAAAGAGAACUGAUGCUGAUUAAGAUUGCUGUGAACGCUGCUGCGAGAAGAGAUGUCCUGGACAUUGCUAGUAUUUUCAGGGCUAAAGCUGUUGACGUUUCCGACCAUACAAUUACUUUGCAGCUUACUGGGGAUCUUGACAAGAUGGUUGCACUACAAAGGUUGUUGGAGCCCUACGGUAUAUGCGAGGUUGCAAGAACAGGGCGUGUGGCGUUGGCUCGUGAAUCAGGAGUGGACUCUAAGUAUCUUCGUGGAUACUCUUUUCCCUUAACAGGUUAACAAGUCAAUCGCAGAGUUGGAUACAAAACCUGUAUCCAUGGAACAGAUUUUUGAAGAUAAAAGUUUCAUCAAAUAUUUUGCAAGCCAACCAAAGUCUAGCCAGAGAGAGACUGUGUGUAGAUAUGUUUGGGACUUUGUUUAUUUUAUAAUUAGCAGAUUUUUGAAUUUUGUGACUUCAUUUCAGUUCAUUUAUUUUGAGAAUAAACUGUUGUUGGGAUUAAUAUUACUGUGAUGAUAUCUAACAGCAUAGUUUCUUAGUGGGCAAUU